CCGGCCCUAGCGGCUCCAGAUUCAAACGGUCGCCCGGGAGACGGCAGCGUUGCGUUGGGUUUCGGGCAGCGAUGGCGAGCUCCGGGGCGGCGGCGGCGGCGGCGGACUGCGAUAUCGAGCGCUGGAAGCAGCGCUAUCUGGGUGGCGGGGACGCCGGCGACUCGAGAUGGGUCUCCUCCGGCAGCGCCGCCGUGCAGCUGUUCAAAACUCGGCUCAGCAACUUUGAGGAUGGGGACACCACACUAAAAAUAAGCAACAAUAAUUCAAAAAACAAUUCAGCAAUUGAAGAUGCUAUGGAAACAUUACCAGAACAAAGAUACACGCGCAAUCUUAUGAAGUCAUCUACAUUUGGCUUGACCUACACUGAGAGAAGGCACUAUAACAGAUUAUUACAUAAUCUAUAUAAAACAAUAAAACUCAAUUCUGCAUGUGUUGAUGAUGCUAAUGAAUAUCCUCAAUACUCAACUGAAGAAUUAGAGGAAUAUCUGAAUGAGGAAGAAUUAGCAGCAUGCAAGAAACAGGAUAGUGGAACACAAUUUUACACUGAAACAGAUGUUACUUUGCCCUCUGGCUUAGCUUCUACCAAUUUCACUUCAGCUACAAGUCAUAUAGAUGACAGUAUUACAGAAUUAAAGAAUGGAAGUCUUUCAGAAUCUUGGGAAAAUCCUUGUCUUUUACCAGUUGAAAUAAUGCAAAUUCAUAAUGAGUUAACAUCCAUAUGGCAACACUUGCAGAAAGAAAGUGUAGCGCUGCAGGAGUACAGAUGUCAGUUACAAUCACAUGAACAACAUCUAGCCAACAGAGAGGCUUUGCUCAUCAAACAUCAAGAUGCAUUAACAAAGUUAAGAGGAGUGGAAGAAGAGGUUCAUGCCAAGUUUGAGAUUAUGAAAGAGCAACAUGCUGCUGAAGUCAGUCAACUCACAAAUGCCAUAAAAGAGAAGAUAAAAGAAAACAAAAGACUUAAAUCUUCUUUUGACUCCUUAAAAGAAUUAAAUGACUCCUUGAAAAAGCAGGUUAACAAUAUAACACAACAGAAUAUGAAGUUGGAAGUUCAGAACAAAAAGAUUCAAAGCCGUUUAGAAAAUCUGCAAAGGAAGCACGAAUUACAUGUGGUGCAGAAACUUCAUGAAAAUGCUUCUGCUGGCGCAAAGGCGAUCAGGUUGGAAAAACAGGAAAAGAUUCAACCUGCCCGUAGAAUCAAUCGUCCUAUUUUAAAUGACAAUCUCUGCGAACUACUUGGAGUGCUUCUGGACUGGACCUCAGAUGGGUAUCUUUGCUAUUUAACUGCAGAGGAUGACAAUGAUGUUCAAAAGUCAUUAAGUCCAAAAUGUUUACCUAGAAAGUCUGUUCAAGAGAUGUGUGUGAAGAUCCUGCCCUUAAUCAAAGCACAAAUUUAUUUAAUGCCACCUGGGGAUAUCAAACUGCAGCUGGCAUUGGCAAAAUUCAUUUACUGGGCUUUAAGGCAUGUAGACAGAAGAGGGACACAACAGACUGUGAUUACUUCAACUAUGCGGCGAUUAGGAGAAGAACUGUUCCAGGGAACUACGAACAGGACUGCACAGGAUAGUCCUUCAGAGUUGAUUGACGAAGCUAAAUCAAAAGCUUCUGCUUUCUUCAAGAGCUCUAAUCUUAAUGUCCGAUUUUUAUCAACUCUCAGUAUCCUCAAAACAAUAACACAAGUCGAUUAUUUGGCUCAAGCUUUUAACAUCCUUCUUGUUGACCUGAACACUGAUGAAGGCAAGGCUUUGUUCUUGGAGUAUCAGGCUCUGCAGGUUAUUCUUGAUUACCUGAAACCUUCAAGUAAAAAUCUACUGAGCAGUGCUGUUGACAUCAUUCUGCAAAUGACAAUGGAAUCAAGUUAUUUACAGAAUUUUCUCGAGGCGUGCAGCACUGAGUCUUUGUUCCACAGUUGUUCCAUGAUCCUGAAGGGCCAGAAACUGGAUAUCCAAAUACUAGAGAAACUCAGCGUCAUUCUACAGAAACUUUCUAAAAUAAAGAAUAAUAAGAAAUUAUUUGAACUGUUCUCAAUCCACAUCUUCGUUCAAGAGUGGCACAGGACAAUGGAUCCAGAGCAGACAUUUCUCACACAAAAUCUUCAGUCUAUAUUGUUUAACCUGGGCAUAACUAAAGGCACUGCACAGCCAGCAGUCUGAGUAGCAGCCAUUCACAUCAGUGAACAUCCAUUCGCAUAGCCCAAGGAACUAGACACUGCUUUUAGUACUGUUACCAUCACUGGUAAGCUUUCUGUAUAUUUGAGAUUUUGUCAUUUUUCAACUGAACAUAUAGUGUGCAUAUUUUUAAUGAAUCCAAAUAAACUGAAAAAAAGUAGUUAAUUCAAGGCAAGAGUUUUUACCUCUAAACAUUUGAGACAGUUACCUCUGAUUUAGAAAAUUGUGUUUUGCUUCUCUUGAGACCUGACACCCGGCAGAAAAUUGAGGGAAGUUGCCGGCUUUUGAUUCGGACAUUGGUUAUUUCUGUCACAAAAUUCACCUACAUUUUUUUUAAGUGUUCAGCAUGUCUCAGUGUACUAAUACAGUAAAUAGCCUGCACAUAUCAAGGGGCACCCAGUACAUACCUUGAUGGUAUCUUUAAUUAUCUCUCAUGCUGGCAAGGGCCACUUUUGAAGCAUCUGAGAAGUUUCCACAUUGUAUCCUUAUCAGUUCUCAAAUCUAUGUGGGAAUUCAAUUCAAACCAUUGUUGGUCUUUUAAGUGGGUAUUUAGCAGUUUCCCGUGGACCAACCAUUUCCAUGCAUCCCAGUGACUGAUUUCUCUCAACAAGGUUACACCCACUCUGUAUAUUAACCCCAUGCAUUGCCUACUAAGCAUCUGUUUCUUUGUGUUUCAUAAAUUCCUGUUGACUGUACUGCUGUGCAGAUUACCAUUGCUCUUCCUUCCAGCAGCUGACUCUUACCUCAAUGCGUCUGCUUAUCAUUUGCCCUUGACCUCUCCAAUUCGCAGUACCAUUAAUUGUCAGCCAAAUAUUUUUCCAUUCCAUCAGGUUUGCAGAGAUAUUAUGGCAGAUAAAUAACCACUCAACAUAUUGGAUAUCAUGGCAUUCGUGAAUUUGGUAGUACAGAACCAGCAGAUUUUCUGGACAAUUGGAUAUUACUCAUAUUACCACAACACCUAUAUUUGUAAUUGUAAUUAAUUUAUUAGCCAAGUGUGUAAAAGCAUACAAGGAAUUUGAUUUGCCAUGCAGUCAUACCAGAAAAGCAAGAAGACACACAACUACAUAAAAAUUAACAUGAACAUCCACCACAGCACACUAUGAUGGAACGUAUUGUCUUCUUUUCUCCCACGUUCGCGGCGAUCGAAGCUCCUGUGGUUGGUGCUACCAGAUUCGAUACUUGACCAAGGAACCGAGAGCUCCACGAUGUUAAGUCCGCAGACUCCCGCAGUUGGAGCUCCCAAAAUUGAUCCCUACCAAAGGGACCACCACUUCCAUGGAGUUAGGC